GUUCGCUUCGGCAUCCAUUUUGCAGGAAGGGGAGGUGGUGUUACUAGCCGACUCCAUUCCUCAUCCCAGCUAUGUAGCGGCUCCUGACGUCCUCGGAAUUCUGAGCCUCUCCCAACCUUCGGACUUUUCCUGUUGCUUUCUGCUUACAGGACCUUCUCCACAACUAAGCUGUUUUCCCUGCCAGGUGUCCUUUUGACUUGCUGAUUUCUGACUCAAAGGUCAGCUCGGUGGUUCCGAUCUCGGGCUUGGGAUGUGAGGGGGUACAGAUCCUAAGCUCCUCACUCUUUUGCCCUGGGCCCUUUCGGCCCAUCACUCUAGGUCUCAGCCUUCAUGUCCCAAAACUGACCCCCAGGUUUCCAAAUCUAGCCCCGAAUAAUAAGUUAACUCCUACUCAGUCUCCCUCCUUGAGCCUUGCGACCCAGCCUCACUUUUACAAAUGUGGGUCCGGAUUAAAGAACCCCAGAUCCUGUUAACUCUCAGAUCUCUUGUGAUUUGAGUCAGCCUGGACCUCUCAUUACGAAUUUUUGCUCCGGUUCUUUUAGGCCCACUGUUCAGCCCCCAAAUUCUGGAAAUCAGCUGCAAAACCUUCAGAAUCUCUGCUCCUGUGACCAACCCAUUUUGGGCGAUCCUUCCCUUUCCAUUCUCCACCUCCCAGGCAAUGCCAUAGACGCCAAAAUGAUUUCUCCAUGCUCUCCUUCCCUGGAACCUCCAAUCCCUCCUGCCAGGACCCCUGCAUCCCAAACCAUCGUUUCUCCUCCCUCUCUACCCCCAAACCUCCCCAACUUAACUUUGCCAUCCCCUCCCUCGAGCCUCCAGGCCCCUAUUCCCCCACCACCCCCACUUCCUCCUCUACCCGCUGCUAUGGGAGUUGCUCCCCCUCUUGUCUUCGGCCUGGAGAAGAGCCAGCUCCUGAAGGAGGCCUUUGAGAAGGCUGGCCCAGUCCCCAGAAGCAGAGACGAUGUGAAGAGGCUCCUGAAGCUGCACAAGGACCGUUUCAGAAGUGACUUGCAGUGGAUCCUCUUCUGUGCUGACCUGCCCUCCCUCAUCCAAGAAGGCCCACAGUGUGGACUGGUGGCCUUGUGGAUGGCAGGCGCUCUCCUGGCGCCCCACCGCAACAUCUCCCUGGAGGGACUCGUGCAGAUGGCCGUGGAGAGAGGCUACUCUGCUCAGGGAGAGAUGUUCUCUGUGGCUGACAUGGGCAAGCUGGCCCAGGAGGCGCUGGGCUGCCACGCGGAGCUGCUCUGUGGUGGCCUGGGCGGUCCCAACAGGCACCGCGUCCUACAGCACCUUGUGACUGGACAUCCCCUCCUCAUCCCCUACGACGAGGACUUCAACCACGAGCCGUGUCAGAGGAAGGGCCACAAGGCCCACUGGGCAGUGAGUGCAGGGGUCCUGCUGGGGGUGCAGGGUGUGCCAUGCCUCGGCUAUGUGGAAGACCUUGAGCUGCCGGGCCUGUUUCACCCCAUGCCAGGCGCAGCCAACCAGCCACCAUCCCUGCCGGAGGAAGGAUCCUCAGGAGCCAUCUACCUUCUCUCCAAGCAGGGCAAGAGCUGGCAUUACCAGCUGUGGGACUACAACCAAGUCCGAGAUAGCAACCUGCAGCUGACCGACUUCUCACCCAUGCGGGCCUCUGACGGCCGGGCAUAUGUGGUGCCCACUGGUGGGGUGCGGGCCGGCCUCUGCGGCCAGUUCCUGCUCCUCAGACCACAGGAGUCCAGCCACUAGCUUGUGCAGCCCUGCGCCUGGGUGACAGGGCCCAAGCCACAGCUUCUAUCUUUGCAACAGCCUGUUUCUUUCAGCUGGACUCAGAACCUCCAUCCAGAAACCCUUCAUGCAGUCAUCCCCAUCCCAUCCUGUCCCCCAGUAUUGGGCACCUCUGUGAGCUGUGGUUAUAGCCAGGAGCCAGCCAGACAGGCUCCCUCUCACCAGGAGGGAGACUGACCCCAGCACAGCCCCGAGAUUCCUGGGCCAUUCCUGCCCCCAGCCAUCUGAAUGUUGCCACCAUGUUUCUCACUGGUAACCACCCUCUUCUAAACCCCUGGACAUCUGCAAGAGCCUCUUCAAGGGACCCCUGCUGCCCGCAGAAGCCCAGGAAGCUUUUACAGUGCAAGCCAGGUCACAGCACUCCCCUCCAGAGAAACUUCCAGCAUGUUCCUGUUGCUCAGAAUAGGGACUCUUCCUUCUAGCCAGCUCUCCUCAUCCCAGUUGUUCCUCAAAUUUUCUGCCACCAGUCCUGCUGGCCUUCCGGGUCCCUAGUGUCAUGUUCCCUCCUGGAGCCCCCUGCUAAGAACUCAGCUGCUCCAUCUCGUCUCUUUCUCACUUUCUCAGAGAGGAUGCCCUCAGCCCCAGGUUCGGCCCCUUCCCCACCUUGGUGUCCACUUGAUUUAAAAACAAAGGAAAUGCAGCUGAGAGCAGUUCUUGCCAACUACUUCAUCAUGUUGACUCCUCGGAUCCUCUAGUACCCUGCAAGGAAGGUACUAGAUCUUCCUCGUUUUACAGCUAGAGACUGAGGCCUGGGUAAGUGCAGGGCAGCCACUGGCCAAAGGUCACAUGGCUGGCAAGCAGGGCCAGGAUUCAAAGGCAGUAUCUUAACAAACGGAAAGAUGAUUAAUGAAUACCUGUUCCUCCACUCUUAAAGGAAAAGAACAGGUCUGUCUGGGUCACCGCUGUGUCCCCAGUGCCCCGCAAAGGAUCUUGGAGAAACUGCAGUGUAGUGUUCCUAGCAGAAGGGGAGUGUGCCCCUCCCCACCCCAGCCCCCACACCCUGGCUGGCACUCUUCUGGGAGCCCCUGAGGGUAGGGCUUGGAGCUGUUUUGUCACAGUUUGUCUCCACAUCAUCCAGCCUGGUACAAGUAGCAGCUCAGUGAAUGAACAAAUGAGCCAGUGGGCUCCCAGCCUGCAUCACUGCCCCACACUCAUUCCUGUCCCAUUGUCACACCCAAUGCUGACGCCCAGAUUAUGAGCUUCAAGCCCACACAUCCCAGACGCAAAAGAAAGAACUCCACGAA